AUGUCUCCCUCUUGCCUCUGCCUGCUGCUGUGGGUCUUGCUGCAUUACAAGUGGUGCCCCAAGAAAAACAGUCUGCACUCAGGCAUCUCUGUGUAUGCAAACAUAUUCAUGGAUAUGUAGACAAGUGACAAGAAGAGUGCAUAUGUGCGUCAGGGGGAGGAGGCUGACGGCCUGACGGCUGGGCAGGUGGUGAAGCUAGGUGCCGCUGGCGUUCAUCUCACCGAAAGGGCGCGCAAAGGUCAGGGGUGGAGGGAAACGGGGAGAUCUACGUGAGCGGCAAGUGUGUGUGUGUUUGUGUGCUGCUGGAUGCGUUCAGUUGGUGCAAAGACGGUAGAACUUGAUGGGUUCGGCGAGAAGAACAAAGGCGGCGAGGCCAGUACGUCCGCCGUGGUGGGCAACGAGCGUGAGCAGGAGCUGCAGCAGUACAAGCCGCAACACAUUCUGGAUGACCUGCCCGCAUUUGGUAUGCCACGAUCAGCUCGGCCGCACCCACUCACGCACCCAUCCACCCACCCACCCACCCACCGACCAUGAGCCUCACGCGUCUGUUUAUCUCUCUGGUGUUCAUGGCUGGGCCUGUGUGUACGUGCGUGUGUGUGUCAGCCAAAGGACCACUGCUGUGGCUCAUCAUGCGCGUGUUCUGCCUCCUUCCCAAGCCGUCACCGAACGGGUCGCCGACCAACUACAUCACUUCUGCGCAACUUGACGAUAUCGCGUCAUCCCAGGCUCUGCCCUACAGUAAGUAAAUACGGCUUUGGAUGAGAGAGUCAAGGGCACGACCGACGGGACACAUGUCUAUGUGUGUAUGCGUGUCUGUUCCAUUCAGCUCAGUACGAGAUAGUGUCUUCGACAUCCACGACCAGGACGCCAUGACCAUCUACAAAACCAUCACGUUAGAGGACAUCCAGGUCAGUCACGCAAGCAAGUGGCCCGUCUCGUGUGGGGUCUCACGUGUGCAUGUCGUUUCACAAGUGCUGCAUUUUGUGUGUUGCAGCACACGAAGUUUCGCAGUGACCUGUUGGAGCGUUUCUACUACAUGUACAAGUACGCCUCCCACCAAGUGCUCGCCCUGUGCCCUCAUCGACGAGGUGGCGUUGGAGGGCAUUCUCAAGGAGAUUCCGCCAUACAAGAUGUGGCAUAUGCCGGUCAGUGGGCGGGCAAGGAAAGGCAAACACGGCUGAUCUCACGGAAUGCUUUGGUGUGAUGGACGGCUUGUGGAUAGAUUAA